AUGUGUGACGAUGAUGUAGCAGCUUUAGUCGUUGACAAUGGAUCCGGCAUGUGCAAAGCCGGAUUUGCCGGAGACGAUGCACCCAGGGCAGUUUUCCCAUCGAUUGUGGGAAGACCCAGAUAUCAGGGUAUCAUGGUCGGCAUGGGCCAAAAGGACAGCUACGUGGGCGAUGAAGCGCAAAGCAAAAGAGGUAUCCUUACGGUAAAAUAUCCAAUUGAACACGGAAUUGUGAGCAACUGGGAUGACAUGGAAAAGAUUUGGCAUCAUACCUUCUACAAUGAACUUCGUAUUGCACCAGAAGAGCACCCAGUAUUGUUGACAGAAGCUCCAUUGAAUCCAAAAGUGAACCGUGAAAAGAUGACGCAAAUUAUGUUCGAAACUUUCAACACUCCGGCUAUGUAUGUAGCUAUACAGGCUGUCUUAUCUCUGUACGCCUCUGGUCGUACAACCGGUGUCGUAUUGGAUUCAGGAGAUGGUGUAUCGCACACAGUACCAAUUUAUGAAGGCUACGCUUUGCCGCACGCAAUUCUCCGAUUGGAUCUGGCCGGCCGUGAUCUGACUGAUUACCUGAUGAAGGUACUCACAGAACGUGGAUACACAUUCACAACCACAGCAGAAAGAGAAAUUGUGCGUGAUGUUAAAGAAAAAUUGUGCUACGUCGCCCUAGAUUUCGAACAAGAGAUGGCUACGGCGGCUAAUUCCAGCUCGCUGGAGAAAUCGUACGAACUUCCCGACGGACAGGUGAUCAGCAUCGGCAACGAACGAUUCCGUUGUCCAGAAGCCCUUUUCCAACCUUCCUUUUUGGGGAUGGAAGCUAGUGGAGUUCAUGAAACUACAUAUAAUUCCAUAAUGCGAUGCGACGUCGAUAUCCGUAAAGAUCUUUAUGCAAAUACUGUACUAUCUGGAGGAACCACUAUGUACCCAGGUAUUGCAGAUAGAAUGCAAAAAGAAAUCACCGCUUUGGCGCCAUCUACAAUGAAAAUCAAAAUAAUCGCACCACCUGAGCGCAAAUAUUCAGUAUGGAUUGGUGGUUCCAUUCUUGCUUCACUGUCGACCUUCCAGCAGAUGUGGAUUUCAAAACAAGAAUAUGAGGAAUCGGGUCCCGCAAUAGUCCAUAGGAAAUGUUUCUGA